GGCCCGGCGGGGGGCAGGGGCGGGCAGGCGGCUGCGCCUCAGGCCCCGCGCGGACAUGGCGGCGCCCGCGUACCCGGCCUGGGUGACGCGCUGGGUGUCGGGGCAGUGGCGGAACAAGAAGCGGCCCCCGGCGCUCCGCCCGCCCCGGACACUGGCGCUGGCCGACAAGGUGGCGAACCGCCGGGAGCAGUCGACAGAGGCAACGUGCAUUACGGAGAUGUCAGUAAUGAUGGCCUGCUGGAAACAGAAUGACUUCAACGACGCGCCCUGUGCCGAGGAGAUCAGGAUGUUCUAUGACUGCGUGGCAAAGGCAGAAAAAGAGCGCAAGAAUCAAAAUGAGGACACCCUGUCAUCCAAGGGAAAUUUGCCUUCAAGCAAAGUGAACAAGCUCCUGAAGAGGUUUCCUCAGAUCACACGUUACGUAUAAUGUACUUUAUGAAAGAGACUGUGGACAAGCAAUUAACGUUGGGGUCUUGGUCAAAAAAAAGGAAAGUCGAGUUAAGUGAUUUUUUGAUUCAAGUGGUGCAUGGAUCUUGACCCUGCUUUUGAUUCCAGGACAAAAACCACCCAUCUUGAGUAUCAGCUGAUUCUGUUCACGAGACUCUUGGGUCUUGCAGUGUUAGGAUUUCUGCGGUGUGUUGUUCAGCUUGCCUACCCAGGUCCUGUUAAAUAAAACCUUCUAGGCAUUCAUGUAAAUGCAUUUCCUAACAGGGCAUGACUUCUCCACGUGCAAGCUUCUUGCCCAGCUCUGGAGCUGCUGUCAGAAUGUGUUUGGGCUCAAACACUGAGCCAAGCUAAAAUUAGUAAUGAUAGUAGUAAUUGAUGGUAUGAUGGUUCAUACUCUUACAUGAGUGUAUUCACAAUCUGGUGCCUCUUGAAAUUUUUUGAAUUUCCACUGCUGUAAAAAAAAGGCUGUAAAAUUUACAAAAAAUCUCCAGCAAAAUACCUUGUUCCUACAUAAUACAUUGGUAAGUAUCAAAUAUAACUUUAACAUGGAAGCUUGUGAUUUAGCUUGUGAUUUGCAGGUGGGACAAGUAUGGUGCCACAUAAGUUUGAUUAUUUUGUCUGUACUGUAAUAAAGCAAGACUGGUGUUUGACUUGGGCAACUCAAUCUACAACAAAA